UGCCUCCCUCCCGCGCAGGCGCCCGCGGGCGGAAGUGGCGCAGCGCUGGGGAGGUGGUGGCGAUGGCGGAGAAGUUCGACUCCCUGGAAGAGCACUUGGAGAAGUUCGUGGAGAACAUCAGGCAGCUUGGCAUCAUCGUCAGCGACUUCCAGCCCAGCAGCCAGACGGGGCUCAAUCAGAAAUUGAAUUUCAUGGUGACGGGCUUGCAGGAUAUCGAUAAGUGCCGGCAGCAGCUUCACGAUAUCAGCGUGCCCUUAGAAGUUUUUGAAUAUAUAGAUCAAGGCCGCAACCCUCAGCUUUACACUAAAGAGUGUCUGGAGCGAGCUUUGGCUAAAAAUGAGCAAGUGAAAGGAAAAAUUGACACUAUGAAGAAAUUGCUCCAUCCCUGUAUCUUAAUUCAUGCUGGUAUAGCCUGUUUAGGAAAGAAAACCUGUAGUUCGUUCUGUAGUUGGGUGUCGCUCUAUUGGGAACGGCGAGAAGAAUGACACAGACUCUCUUAAAUUUAAAAGCCUGUUAAUUCAAGAACUGACAAAGGUGUUCCCAGAAGAUAUGGCAAAGUACAAAGCUAUUAGAGGAGAAGAUCCUCCUCCUUAAGUUGGCCUUUGAUAGCUCUAAAAAUGUCCCAUAAACUUAUACAACACCUUAUAAAAACAUUGAUUGGAGAGAGAAGGAAUUCAAGCCCUCCUAACAACUGUACUAAAAAUAGCAGUAGUGACUGUAAAGGAGCUUGAUGGCUGUUCAUGGUUCUGGUCUGAAGCUACUGAAUCUGAAGACUUCUACUCAGUGAUUGUGGUUGAAACUUCCUAUGGUAAUCUGCUUUUCUUUCCUGAAGGGUUUGAGAAAUGUAAUUUCCUACAGGUCAUCAAUGCAGAGCAUUUCCCACAAAGCCUAUUUCCAUAGCAGAAAAACAUGUUUUAUUUGUCUUCUGAAAAGUGUGCCUCAGGAUUGUGGGCUCAUCUGUUUUUUAAGAGAAAUGCAUUUAUUAUACUUGAUUGUUUUUCAUUUGUAAACGUCAGGGGUUUUUUACUGCAGUGUGAACAGCUGACUGCUUUUGUUUUGCCAAAUUCUACUGAGCAGGAGCCUGUCAAGGGCUGCAGUUCUCAUAUGUCGUAAUUAGUUGCAGCCAGGAAAACCUUCAGAUCUUGUUUUGUUCUGGGAGCUGCAGUGCAGAUGGCUGAGGAUACAAAAAGUGAGCAUACCUGGGGACUAGCUCCUCUACAACUUUAAUAUUUUGUACAGUAUUUAAUGUAAGCUUUUGUUUAUUCAUUUUCUGCAAGCAGGUUGUUGAAUAAAAGUUUGAAAAAAUGUAAA